UAACACUGUAAGUGUUAACAAAUAACACUCACACUUAAAUGAACCCUUAAAGUGUUUUAUACUGUGUAGAAAAUGUAAAAAAAAGAUAGGCGGUAUUUCCUUUUUUAUACAAUCGUCUAUAAACAAAUAGUAGCCUAUAAACAUGUCCAAUGUAAGAAUCAGACACGGCGCGUGCCAGCAGUCCUGAAUAAACUCAAACCUCACUCAACAGAUGGUCGCUUGCCUCCUGUGGGAACGCGCGCGUAGAUAUUUUACACCCUGCCCGUUUUUCGGCAUCCAGCGCGCGGGCAGCUUUCGAGUAACCAAUCCGGGCGCAGGACUGCGGACCUCUAGCCAAUCCCCGCGCAGGGGUGCUUCUGAAUACGGGUGGGAGGAGGCAAAGCAACGCUCCCUCCAAGCCGUGGAUCCCCAUAAAAGCCACUGCUCAGGCACUUCAGCCUCAAAGCGCGCUUGUGCAGCACACGAGAAAACAUCCAGACCAACGUCCAAUCAUGACUCCAAGCAUUAUCAGCACCUCCAGCCACUCAUACAGCUCUCCAAUGACGGUGGCCCAGAGAAAAGAGGCCAACGAACUGAGAAAGACUCUCAAACCAUUGAUGGAAAAAAGAAGGCGCGCUCGCAUCAACGACAGCCUCAACAAGCUGAAGGCGCUCAUAGUUCCUCUGGUGGGCAAAGAUACAUCUCGUUAUUCAAAGCUCGAGAAAGCAGAUGUUCUUGAAAUGACCGUCAGGUUUCUCCGAGAUCUUCCCUCAUCACCAGUUAAAGAUCAAGCAGACAGCUACAAAGAAGGUUAUAAAGCCUGUCUUCAGCGCGUCUCCGCGCUCCUCCCGCAAACCGGCCUGGACCGAGAGACAGGGCUCCGGGUGACCGAGUUCAUGCAGCGGGCGAUGCCCUCCUCCUCCAGCCCGGAGUGCCAGCACUGCAGCGGCCACAGCGCCUCCGCGUCUCCGCAGACCCCGCACCAGCAGCGCCUCCGCAGUCUCCAGGCAAUCGUGGCUCCAGCGCCCAGCUCCAGCCACCCUCAGCCCGCUCCACAGGCUCUCUCCAGCAACAUGUGGAGACCCUGGUAGAUUGGAGCAUCACUAAAAGACUCAAAUUAAAAUGAUUUAUUAAUUUAUUAAUUUAAUUUAAUGUAACUACUGGCUGUUCUCUUUAUAGACUACAAGCACAAGAAGCACAUUAGGGAGAAUAACUUGACUGAUGUAUUUCGGAUGUAUUUUGUAAAAAUGCUUUGCUUUAUUGAACGAAUAAUGGGUAAAAUAAGCCUAUUGAGCACAGAUCAUGCAUGGUUCAUAUGCCAUGUAAGUGACUUGAUGCAAUCCUCUCCGGGGUUUCAAGGAAAAUGGGUUGUAAACAACACAAUUGUAAACCCCAAGGGUUAUAAUGUAUUUUUGUGAGGUUUGCACGAUUGACUUUUGUAUAUUUGGUCUGUGCAAAGGAGCGGUAAACACUGUGUGUUAAACAUUUUUUUAUUAUUGUGACGUGAUUGUAAGUUAUUGUGACUCUGAAAUAAAAAAAUAAACGAAAAUGAACGUUUGAAAA